AUGUCACGUUUUUACUCUAAGGGUGCACCAGUGUAUGCUAUUGUUAAGGAAAAAAACGUGGAAGUUCUGAGACAAAACAUCAAGAUUCUAGAGAAGAUAGGGAGUGGGGCAUACGGGCAAGUUUAUAAAGGAAGUGUAUUGCAGCUCAAUAGAAACCAAGGAUGGACAACGGUGGCUAUUAAAACGAUAAAAGAUGUAGAAAAUCCAGCUGUGAUCAAGGACUUACUGGACGAGUUAAAAGUAAUGUUAGAGCUCAGCCCUCACCCAAAUGUGGUUAGUCUACUAGGGUCCUGCACAGGUGAUGAUGGUGUACCUAUGAUUAUCAUGGAAUAUCUUCCUAACGGAAAUCUACAAGAUUUUUUGAGAAAUGAUCGAUCAAAGCAAAAAAUGGUAUAUGGGAAUUUGCAUGGUGUCAGCUCUUCCUUAACGUCACGUAAUUUGAUGAAGUUCGCCUUAGACAUCGCCAAUGGAAUGAUGUUUCUUUCCUCAAUGUCCAUUCUCCACAGAGAUCUUGCCGCACGGAAUAUUUUGGUGGCUGAAGACAAAACAUGUAAGAUUUCGGACUUUGGUUUCGCUAAGGACGUCAUUGAAAGUCACCAAUAUGAGAGAAAGACACAGGGCCGUUUACCAGUACGCUGGAUGUCUCCAGAAGCACUGUAUGACAACAUAUUUACCACACAGUCUGAUGUGUGGGCGUAUGGUGUACUGCUCUGGGAGAUUGUCACACUGGGUUCCACCCCCUACCCCGGUAUGUCAGCCAAGCAGGUGAUGGAGGCUAUAACUGAGGGUUACCGGAUGCCACAACCACCACACUGUUCACAGGAUAUGUAUAACCUCAUGUUAUCUUGCUGGGAGGACAAUCCAAGUUCACGACCCUCGUUCAAAGCAAUAACUGUGUCCUUGAAUGACCUGCUGUCCCGAGACUUCGAGGUUCUAACCCUUGGAAAGUUUGAGGAGAAGCUUUAUGAAGAUAUUGACCAAUUUAGGCUUGAUGAAAAAUGCUAA